AUGGUGGGCAGUGUAAAGGCCACGACAGACUCCCCAGACCUCCAGCGCUGUUUCUUCCAGCUCAGUGGUUUGGGAAUGGACCCUGUCAUCCUGCUGGGGGGAUUCUCAGCCUUCCAUGCCCUCUAUCCUUUCCUCUGCACACCACGUAUGGUCCUGCUGGAACCUGAGCGGCACACCCUCACCAUCUACCCCUCAGAGAUCCUGGAAGAAGCUCUCUACCAGGGCUCUGCCUCCCAGGCCUCUAACUUCCGCAUUAUCAAGAAUCUACACAUCACUCAUGUGGUCAAUGCCACUGCCAACUGCCCUGAUGCUUUCCCCAACACGCUGUGCUACUUGAAGCUGUGUCUGAGCGAUGAUGCCCAGCAGGACUUGCUGAAGGCACUUCCACUGGCAUCCAGGUUCAUCAACUCAGCCCUGAUGGCUGAUCCUGCUGGCCGUGUUCUUGUCCACUGUAGUAUGGGCAGGAGUCGCAGCUCAGCACUAACGCUGGCCUUCCUCAUGGAGCAUCGACGCUGGUCACUGCUUCAUGCCCUGCGCUGGUUGAAAGACAGGAGGGCCUGCACGGCACCCAACAUAAACUUCCUGCGUCAGCUGCUGACCUACGAGGAGCUGCUUUUUGGGAGCAGACUCACCUCCCUGAACGACAUCCGCCGGUGACUGGAGUAAGAAUGGGAAUGAGGAUACGUUGGAUUUUUUUUUUUUGACAGUUCACACAUUGCGAAAAAGUGUUAAGCAAGCUGAGACUUAACA